AUGGCAUACUUUGUGUAUUUGUUUAUGGUGGGCCUGGUGCUAGGAAUGGCAGUAGUUGCAGUUAAUUUGUCCCCGUAUUUCGCGGCCUUUGGUUUGGUUGUGGUUGCGGGCAUGGGGUGUGGGGUAAUUAUUAGCUUCGGGGGCUCUUUUCUUUCUUUAGUCCUGUUUUUAAUUUAUUUGGGGGGUAUACUGGUUGUAUUUGCGUACUCGGCAGCAUUAGCUGCUGAGCCUUUUCCUGAAAGUUUUGGAACCACAGGGGCAGUGUUGUACUUUAUGGGGUUAGUGGGAGUGGUAGGAGUUUUCGCUAUUCUCUAUAUUGAGGAGGGAAGCGGGCUGGGGGGAUGUUCCUCCGACGAAGUCAUAGGGAUGUCCUCUUGUGUAACGGAAUAUGAUGGAAUGUCACAGAUAUAUGGGCCCGGGGGCUUUCUGUUAGUUCUUUGUGCCUGGGUUCUAUUGUUAACUUUAUUUGUUGUGCUAGAAAUGACGCGAGGAUCCAGCCGAGGGCCUCUUCGGUCAGUUAAAAGA